AUGGAGUUUAUCACCGCCCUGGAAAAGGCUUGCAAGUUCAUAGGCCCCGACACUGAGGAAGCAGCCCACCUCAGGUCUGACUGUGUACAUCUGUUGAAACAUCGUAAGAUGCCACCGAGCAACAUCACCAAAGAGGAACGACUUGCACUGGACGACCUUAGGAAGGACUCCAGCAUCAUAAUACUCCCUGCGGACAAGGGCAGAGCCACGGUCAUCAUGAACAAAAGUGAGUACCAGGACAAAUGUAGUGACCUUCUAAAUGACUCCACAACCUACUGUAGACUCAAGAAAGACCCAACCAACAACUAUAGUGACAAACUUACCAAGAUCCUUAGACCAUUAAAAGACCAGGAACUGAUAACGUAUGAACAAUACAGAACCUUGUACCCUACCUCUACAGAACCGCCCAAGUUCUAUGGAUUACCCAAAGUCCACAAACCGGACUGCCCCCUACGUCCGAUUGUGGCAACGCGAGGGUCUAUUAUGUACCAGACAGCUAAGUUUGUUGCUAACAUCCUUGCACCUAUGGUUGGAAAAACACAGCACCACCUGAAAAACAGUGGGGAGCUCGUGGAAAGGAUGUCCCAGGUCACUCUGGACGACGACGAAAGUUUGGUGUCUUUCGACGUCUCAGCCUUGUUCACCAGUGUUCCUGUGGAAGAGAGUAUUGUGAUCAUCCGGGACAGACUCACCUGUGAUUCUUCUCUGAAUGAGCGCACAAAACUGUCUCCACUGCAAGUCACUGAACUACUGCGACUAUGCCUCACCACCACAUACUUCAAAUAUGAGGGAAAGUUCUACUCCCAGGUUGAGGGUGCUGCCAUGGGCUCACCUGUGAGUCCGAUCGUGGCCAACCUCUUUAUGGAAUGGUUUGAGUCACGUGCCCUCACCACCUUCCCUAACCCACCUAAGGUAUGGGUUCGGUACGUUGAUGACGUAGGUGCCGUUUUGAAGUCCAGUCUCAUCGAACCGUUUCACCAUCACCUUAACUCGAUCCACCCCAACAUCAAGUUCACUAAAGAACUUGAAGAGAACAGAUCCCUCCCGAUGUUGGACGUGCUCAUGACCAGAAAGGAUGAUGGUAGACUGAAGUUCAGUGUGUUCCGUAAACCUACGCAUACGGACCAAUACUUGCUCUUUGAUAGCCACCAACCGAUGGAACACAAGAUGGGAGUUAUCAGAACCCUAAGACAUCGAGCAGACCACCUCAUCACAGAAGUAGAUGAUAAGAACACCGAGUACGAUCACCUCAAAACAGUCCUUUCCAUAGCGGGAUACACCAGGUGGGCGUGGCAGUCCCCUGGUAGGACCAAACUCAUCCCACAUCCUCGCUCUUCCACGGACAGCAGACCCAAAGGUCAUGUUACACUACCGUACGUCGCGGGUGUGACCGAAGCCAUUACCAGGAAGAUCAGGAACACAGGGGUGGCCGUCCACAGUACACCAUGCACUACAAUCAGAAGACUCUUGGUCGCUCCAAAGGACAAAACUGAACCAGAGGACACAUGCGGUGUAGUGUAUCAUCUCACAUGUGAAGACUGCGAAGCCCAGUAUGUAGGUGAAACUGAAAGGGCCCUCAGAAAGAGGAUAUCUGAGCACAAGCGAGAGUCCUCUCCGGUGGCACAACACAUGCAGACUUACAAACACCAACCGGGGAAGAAAGUCACCAUUCUAGACCGUGAAAGUAGAUGGUUCGAACGAGGGGUCAAGGAAGCUGUGCACAUCAGGUCCCGCUCCCCGUCCCUCAACCGUGACCAAGGACGCCACAGGCUCCCACCAAUCUACAACUCCCUCGUCCAGUCACGUGAUCUGGGUGACCUUUGA